AUGGAGACAUCCACGACGCUAAGAAAUACUGAAAAUAGCUCAACUGAAAUACUAUCGACCGACGAGUUGAAAAUUCUCGCCUUUAGACACAAGAUAAAAAAUUACGGAAGUCUUAGUAGACAUAAUCUACUCGAACAGCUUCAACAAAUUCCGAAUAGUUUUAACGAUGUUGAAGUGAAAAUUGACAAGCCAGUCGCUGACUUGUCUCAAAUUGAGAAACGAGUUCUUGCACAAAGACUUGGAGUCAAUGCUAGAAAAUUCAAAAAAGAACAACUGGACACAAUUUUAGAGGACAAAAUUCAGAAUGUGAAUCUGUCCGACAUCAAACCAAAAGCUGUGAAAGCGAAAAUUUCCAUCAGGAAGCCACUUUUACAGCAAGUUAAGGAUCUUGGCCACAAAAAUUUUCAGAACCUCAAUAUUGAGAAGUUGAAUCAAAGGAAAAAAGCGGUGAUCAAUGUACAAAAUACUGAUCAGCUUUGCUUCAGAUACUCUGUUGAAGCCGCCUUGUUAAAUAUUCCAAAGAACACAGAACGUGUAGCAAAUUACAACCGACCUGAAUUCGAUCACAUGUUCAAAGGUCUUGACUAUCCAGUUACUCUCAAAGAUAUUGACAAAUUUGAGAAGAACAAUCCUGGCCUUGGAGUCAAUGUGUUUACAUUUAUCCCUAGACAGGUAGUCUUCAAAAAGGGUGAAGAAACUACCAUUUACCCAGCUAGAAUCUCUGAAAGAAUUCUAGCGGAAGACAAGUACAUCAAUCUCCUACAUUACAAAGAAGAUGAUACAUCAGAAAAUGAGAGCAUGGAAGCUGUCAAAGACAAUGCUAAUUACCAUUAUGCGUGGAUCAAAAAUUUCUCAAGGCUUGUAUCUGCCUCACAUUCAAAACAUGAUGGACAGGUCAAAGUAUGCUUCAGAUGCAUGAAAGUUAUUUCAGCAUCAACGAGCGAACUCCUUGAUAAAAGGUACCAUGAACAUCUUGAUAACUGUGUACAGUUUGAAUGUGUAAAAGUUAGGAUGCCUUCAGAUGGAAAGAACAACUUGCUAUUCACUAACUUGAAAGCACAACAAAAACAUCCAGUUGUGAUCAUCGCUGACUUUGAAUGUUCGCUAAAGAAAGUCAACCAAAAUCUUGGCGAAAAAACAGUUCAAAACCAACAGCACUUUCCAAACAGUUAUGCGAUCUAUAUCCAGUAUGAUCAGUCGCAAAUAGCGAGGAAAAAUAAGAUGUUUACCUAUAUUCAGCAGGCAGAAGAUGAAGACAUUGGUGAACACUUUGCCAAUACAGUAACUUCUAUCUGUGAGCAGAUUGGAUCAAAAAUUCUAUUCAACCCUAAGCCAAUGGAUGCUUUGACUCAUCACCAGCAGCAAACUACUUACAAUUUUGCUAGAAACUGUUAUCUCUGUGACAAAAUGUUCACAGCACAAAAUUUCAAAGUUCGUGAUCACAAUCAUUUCACAGGUGAAUACAGAGGAGCAGUGCAUAGAAAUUGUAAUCUACUCUUCAAUUCUCCAAAGUUCAUACCUGUAUACUUUCACAAUUUGUCAGGCUAUGAUGCACAUCUGUUUGUGAAAAAUUUAAAAGGGAGACUGAAUGUCAUCGCCUCAAACUCUGAAAAUUACAUAUCUUUCAGCAAGGUCUUACCUAUCAAUGAUGACCAAAUUGAAAUAAGAUUCCUUGACUCUUACAGGUUAAUGCAGUCUUCACUAGCAAAUCUAGCUAAGAAUUUGCCUAAUCAGCAAAAGAAAAAUUUAGCUACAAAGUUUAAUGGUGAACACUUUGACCUCGUAACAAGAAAAGGUGUCUAUCCUUAUGAAUGGGUUGACUCAUACGAAAAAUUGCAGAGUCAACAAUUACCAUCCAUUGAAGAAUUUGACUCAAAGUUUAACAACAUCAAAAUUUCCCAAGAGGAGUACCUACAUGCCCAACAUGUGUGGGAUAAGUUCAACUGUCAAACCUUCCAAGAAUAUCACAAGUUAUACCUUGAAACCGAUGUUCUACUCCUAGCUGACAUUAUUGAAAACUUUAGACAGACCUGCAUGAACAUCUAUAAUUUAGACCCCGCAUUCUUCUUUACAUCUCCAGGUCUGUCAUGGCAAGCAAUGCUUAAAAUGACGAAGGUUGAAAUCGAACUUCUCACAGAUGUGGACAUGUACAACUUCUUCGAAUUAGGUAUUCGAGGGGGAGUAUGUCAAGCAAGCCACAGAUAUGGCAAAGCAAAUAAUCCACUCCUGAAAGACUAUGAUGAAAAUCAACCUACAAGUUACAUCACCUAUGUCGAUGCCAACAACUUGUACGGUGUCGCCAUGGGUCAAGAUUUACCGGUUAGAAAGUUCAAAUGGAUGAAGGACUUUUCCAAGUGGCAAGACACCGCCUGCACAUUAGAGGUUGAUCUAGAAUAUCCAGACCAUCUUCACCAGCUUCACAAUGAUUAUCCUCUUGCUCCUGAGCACAAGAAUGACAAGCUCAUUCCUAACCUGCAAGACAAGAAAAACUAUAUUGUGCAUCACAAGAUCUUGAAGUUCUAUUUGAGUCAAGGUCUCAAACUGAAAAAGAUCCACAGAGGUAUCUCAUACGAAGAGUCUAGCUUCUUAAAAGAAUACAUUGACUUCAACACAAGCCAACGUGCAAAUGCCAAAAAUGACUUCGAAAAAGACUUCUUCAAAUUGAUGAACAAUGCGAUAUUUGGCAAAACUAUGGAGUCAGUAAGGCGUAGAAAUGAUAUUACAUUAGCCACAACUGCCGAUCAGCUUGGAAAAUUAGUCAAUAGUAACAACUACAACUCACACAAAAUCUUCUGCAAAGAUCUAGUCAUGGUGGAACGACAAAAAGCAGAAGUCUAUCUCAAUAAACCAAUAUUUAUGGGGCAAGCGAUUUUAGACCUCUCUAAAGAGCAUAUGUAUGACUUCCACUAUAACCAUAUGAUGAAAAAAUAUGAGCACAAAGCACAACUGCUGUACACUGACACCGACUCACUAGUCUAUAACAUACAGACUGAUGAUAUCUACAAAGACAUGCAGAAAGAUGCUCACUUGUAUGACUUUUCUAAUUAUCCUAAAGAUCAUCCACUGUUUUCAAAAGCGAAUAAAAAAGUCCUUGGAAAAUUUAAAGAUGAAGAGGCUGGCAAGGUGAUCGCUGAGUUCAUAGCUUUGAGGGCUAAAUUAUAUUCCUAUACAUGUGACAAAGACUGUGAAGUCAAAAAGUGUCAAGGAAUUAAGCGACAAGUUGUGAAAAGUGAAGUCACUUUUGAAGAUUAUAAGUCUGUGCUUUUGGGCAAGGUCCCAAUCGAGAAAAGGAUGAAUGUCUUCAGAAGUCGAGAUCACCAACUUUACACAGAGCAAGUCACCAAAGUAGCACUAGAUGCAGCGGAUGACAAGCGAAUGGUCCAAGCUGAUGGAAUAAGUACAUUGGCUCUAGGACACCACUCGCUAUGUUCGUAA